AUGGAAAUAGCUGAAGAAGAACACGAACAAGCUAUUGUGACUUCAAGUUCAUCACCUAAUUCAGUUAUUGACAUCCUUGAUAAAUAUCUUGAAAAAUCAGAAAAUGAACGAAUCUUAACAUCUGAAUUAGAACAAAUUCUUAUUCAAAUUGCUAAAACCGGUUAUUCAAGUUAUCCAUGGGAAAAAAUCAAACCAUUAUUUCUACAAAAAUUAACAAUUGUUCUUGAUGAAUUUAAUACAGAAUCAAGUAUGGAUAAAUUAGAUGUUCAUCCAAAUGUUGAUCGAUCAACAUUUGAAGAAUUGAAAAGUGAUAUUAUUGAAAGAAUUAAUUCAUUUGAAAAUGCUCCAUUUACAAUUCAACGUUUAUGUGAAUUAAUACUUUCACCACGAGCACAUUAUAGAAGAACAGAUAAAUUUGUUCGUGGUUUAACAAAAUGUGUUUCAGUAGUAACAACAAUUGACAAUGAAGGAAAUAAAAUUUAUAUUGAACCAGCUCGAAAUGGAUUAACAUCAUCAACAAUAAUGGAUUCAUCUGAAACACCUUCAAAUUCUCAAAUAACAAAUGGUUUUGCUAUUCCACAUAAUGUUAGUGAUAAUGAUUCAAUAAUAUUAGAAAGUCAAGAAACUCAAGCUGGUUCAACAACACAUACACAAUUAGAUGAUGAUAUGGGUCAAGAUAAUAAUGAUGAUGAACAAGAUGACGAAGACGAAGAAGAUGAAGAAGAAGAUAAACCAUCAUCAUCAUCAUCACCACAAACAAAUCUUACUGAUGAAAAUAGCAGUUCAAGUAAUAGCAAUUCAACACCAUUACCUUCAUCAUCAACAGAAGAUAUGCUUGAACAAUAA